AUGUCGGACGAACAAAAAUUAUUUUUGAUUGAAUUUUUGGUUGACAAAGUAAACGUACCGUCAGUACGAGCGAUGCAAGAUGACUUUAUGCCGGCUAAAACCUGCGUAUCUUUUAAAAUUUUAAGUCUUCCCGCGAUAAAUAUUUAUCAAGAUGAUCCAGUAAGUGAGUUUGCUCGCACUGACAAUCAGCAAAUAUUUUGCAAAGGAAAGUCAUGUUUAUUCGCGCUACCAAAUCUCGUACUAGAAAAGCCGCUUCAUUCAUUUCCAGUGACAAUGUCAGUCUACAAAAAACUUCCGGCAGGUGUACUACCAGAUGUGAUGCACAUUGGCGCUCAUCAGCUGGAAAUUAAAGAUCUUAUGAACUCAUUGUUGAGAGAGCAUGUUUUCCAAGGCUCAAAUGUUUCCAAAAAACUCAAAAAUACCUUCACAAUUGAAACAGCGACAGGUCAAUUAGUAGGCAAUGUAACAGUAUUUAUACGCGCUUCAUGUUUUGGAAAAAAAAUAAUAACUCAAUUUGAAAUUCCCUUUAACAAGAAGCCGUAUUUAUUCAAAAGUCUGGAUGACAGCAGUGUCUUUGAGUGCCAGAGAAUACCAUCAAGUGCAUUAACUCCAACGCGAUUUCCCGGUGAUAAGUCUACGAGAAAAGACAAUGGAAGAAAUAAUUAUUAUUCCCGAGUAUCAAAACCUCUUGGUCUCUUCGAGUCAUCAUACAAGCCGACGUUAAUGUUCAAUAAAACGUCAGCUAACUGA